GCCAUCCCUGCUUUGCUCCCCCAGGUCUUCGUGCUGCUGUUCAUCUUUGUGAAACGGCAGAUCAUGCGCUUCGCCAUGAAGUCCCGGCGCGGCCCACACGUCCCUGUCGGGCAGCACGCGCCCAAGGAUUUAAAGGAGGAGAUUGACAUCAGGCUGUCGAGGGUGCAGGAUAUCAAGUACGAGCCCCAGCUGUUAGCUGAGGAUGACAGCAGACUCCUGCAGCUGGAGACACAAGGCUGCUAUAAUUACUUGUACAGGAUGAAGGCGCUGGAUGCCAUUCGGACGUCAGAAAUCCCGUUUCACGCAGAGGGCAGAUACCCAAAAUCUUUAAUAGGGAAGAACUUCUGUGCCUAUCUGCUGGAACUGAGGAACUCCAGCAGCUCCUUCAAAGGCAUCCGCAAGGCCUUGAUCGACACUUUGCUGGACGGGUAUGAGAACGCCCGCUAUGGCACCGGGGUCUUUGGGAAGCCGGAAUAUCUGAAGUACCAGGAUGCUUUGAACGAGCUGGCAAACAUGACCAAGGCACGGGCAGGCAGCAGCCAGAGGCAGCACCAGUCGGCAGCCAAGGACCUCACUCUGUCCCCCGAAGUAUCCAACCCUGCCACCAUCCAGGUCACCUACCUGCCUUCCAGCCAGAAGAGCAAACGUGCCAAACACUUCCUGGAGCUGAAGAGCUUCAAGGACAACUACAACACGCUGGAGAGCACGCUGUGAGCAGGGACCUUCCACGAGCCCCGUGCUGGGCACAGCAAACCAAACCAGGGGGGUUUUGUGCUGGGAUGAAGCAGUCGUGCUCUCGGUGUCCCUCUCACGGGACGUAGGGCUGGUGGAGCCCUCCCUCCUCGGGCGGAGCUGUGCCCCUCGUGGCUGCCCGGGAUGCCGUACGGUGCUCGAGGCCGGCAGCCCCAGCCCUGUGAAUAAACUUUGGUUAGCUGUAACUUAUAAAAGACAUCGACCCCGGCCAGCUCUCUGCUCUGCCUCUCUUUCCCGUGGUGGCCAGCAGGGGCUGAUGCUGUCUGUCCGUCCUGUCUGUGUGGAUCUCAGGCUCCGCAGCCGCUCGUCUGAUCUUUCCGAGGGACGAAUGCUCAGCUUUCCCUGCGAUCAGCGCCGCUGCUCUCAGUGGGCACCAGGACUGUGUGUAAAUAGUUUGUCAGCCUCGUGCUGCUCCGAGGACCCGCGUUGGGCUGCGGUUUGUUCUGCGUUCAGGGGCAGACGCAGCCCUAUGGGGAGCAGCUCUCUGCCCUGCCGAGGGAGGUUCCUCCGCUCUCACCAGCACCGGCAGCUCAGCGUCGCCGCACCGUGUGCCACGUGGGGUGGGAAGCGUGCCCCUGCCGUGGGCCUCUGCACUCUUUUUAAUUGCUCUUUAAUAAAACGAGUUACCCCCGGC